AAAAAAUCUUUACCUAUAUAGAACACAUCGGGGAACUUUUCGUCGUCCAGUGUCUGUGCUAAAUUAUUCUUUAUUCGUUUUGGAAGUGUUACGUCCACUCGAUCGGUUGACUCUCAGCUCCGAGCAAACAAAAUUAUUUCCUUUGACAUUUGCCCAGUUUUCGUUGGCUCCCCGACAAUUUCGGUUUACUCGGCUAUCAGUUUCUUGAAGUUAUUGUCCUGUUCUCAGUCAUGUCCGGAGAUUGCUGUCCCACUGCCUGCGAUCCCUGCCAGGCGCCCACGGACUUCUCGCCCUGUCCGCCGAACUCGACAUGUCCGCCGUGCGAUUGCGGCGAUUAUGCGGGAUGCUGCUACCAGCAGCCUCCUCGCACGUUGCCCAUUCUGCCCAAGUCGCACUUCAUGCGAUCCACGGCGCCGCUGGACACGGAUACCAUCUACCGGCGAUCGUUCUACGCCAAUUGUGGCGACAACAUAAGGGCCCGGCCCGUGAUGCCAUGCUCCCAGAUUCGAGCAUCUACGGCGCCGCUGGAGAAGUGCACCAUUCAAAAGCUGUCGUACAUGCCGCCAUGUCCGGUGAAGCGGACGCCACCCAUCAUUCCCGCUGAGAGUGGUCUGCGCUUCGAGGGACCCAUCUACGCGAUGACCUCCCAGAAGCACGACUAUGUGCCCAAGGGGAUCGUCAAGCGGGAUCCCAUUGUGCCGCGGGUGGCCAUUUGCACGUCGAACGCCCCGAUGGAGCGCUGCACCAUCCAGAAGCUGAGCUACAUGCCCAUCGACGUGUGCCAGAAUCCGCCGCCCAAGGCCAUGGUGCAGGGCUCCCACUACUGCAAGCCGGCAGGGCCCAUGGAACGAUGCACCGUACAGAAGCUGUCCUACAUGCCGGUCUGCCUGCCGGCCAAGGAGCCCACUCCCUGGGCGGACAAGAUCCGCUGUGUGCCGCCGAGGUACUCGAAUGUCUGCACCACCUACAACCUGAGCUACAUGCCCAACUGCAAUGAGGCACGCACCGCUCCGGUGAUGCCACAUACCACUUUGCGCUUCUGCGGCAACGAUUCCGGAUCGGGAGGCACUGUCUACAAGCUCAGCUACAUGCCUGUGGACGCAUCCCGCACCAAGCCAGCUCCUGUCCUGCCCAGGGACACUUUCUGCAGGCCAACUGGUCCGCUUGAGAGGUGCACUAUUCAAAAGCUCUCCUAUCAACCGAAUUGCACCGAACGUACUCCUCCGAUUCGUCCGAUGGAGAAUGGACUGCGUUUCGAUGGGCCCAUGUACGCGAUGACCACUCAGAAGCACGACUUUGUGGCCAAGCCGCAUGUGCGUCGGGCUCCGAUCAUGCCGCGAACAGCCUUCUGUCGCCCCACAGGAGCCAUGGAGCGCUGCACGGUGAACAAGCUGUCGUACAUGCCGGUUGAUGUCACCUGCUUCCCGCGGGCGGAGUCCGUUCGUCCGCGGCAGGGCUUCUGCCGGAACGAGGGACCCAUGGAGAAGUGCACCACGUACAAGCUCAGCUACUUGCCGAACUGUGUGCCGCCAAAGGAGCCGCUCCCAUGGGCCAGGUACACGUCCUACUGCCGGCCAACCGGUCCCAUUGAGAAGUGCACCAUCCAGAAACUUAGCUACGGACCUCCAGGUGCCUUCCAACGAUGUGGCGGUCCCUGUGGAGUUGGAGCUGGCGAUGGUCCCUUCCCUAAGGCCGGCAUUUGUUAAGCUGGAAAUAUAUUUUGAUUGCUUUCUAGGUGUGCUCUUUGGUUUCUGCUCACAAUCUCGUCCCGUGUUCCACGUUCAAUGUUGCACCAAAAUCGUCUAGUCCAAGUCUUAAAAUGAACGCGUUUCUUUCAUUGUAUGUUUUAAAGGAUCUGUCUCCGUUUACGCAGCUCCGCCCUCUGUUAAUUGCUCCUAGUCCUUAAUCCUAAUUGUCUACUAUUUGUAUAUACAGAAAAUUGAAAGUGCUUGAAUGCCCAAGAAUUACGGAAUAUUAUGAAAUUGUCAAAUUAAAGUAUGUUCACAGAAUGAUAUAAAAUUCAGUUAAUUUAAAA